AAGAUCGUUUCAUAUGGACCCAGUUGCAAUACCCAAAGGCCCCGCUAGAAGGCCGCCACCCACACUUUGGCAUCUUGUAUGCCUAUAAACUUUUCCCUCAGGUGUUGUGCAGGAGCCGAGGAGAAGGAGGUGGGUGUGGAGGAAGGACUGAGCAGGAGUGGUCUGACAGAUUCGUCUACCUUUACCUGACAAAGGAGUGUCCCUCGUCAGCGUCCUGCUUCUGAUCAGAUUAUUAUUAGAUUAUCUGACUUCUGCUGCUGCAGCUUCAGCCUGGAGCAGCCGACAUACGCCAGGACGGCGGGAAGGUGAAGCGAACGGUGGCAGCAGGUCUCCGAGUAUGGAGCCUAUAACGACCUGGAGCGAGGAGAGAGUCAGUGAGUGGCUACAAGGUCUGGAUGUUCCCCUGCAUCAGUAUUCAGUCUCUGAGUGGAACUUGUCAGGUCUGGAUUUGCUCCAGUUGACCUCCAGGGACCUGGAAAAGUUGGGAGUUCACAAGAUCGGGCACCAGGAGCUCAUUCUGGAAGCAGUGGAGAAACUCUGCUCUUUGACAUAUGGUAUCGGAGGAGAAAACCUGCGUGGACUGACGGAGAAGCUGCGUGCCGUCGCUCACACUCUGCAGAUGGGCAUCCAGGGUCGUUGGCGCAGCAACAGGUACGAUGGACACAGCGCCUCCAAACUGCCUGUUGGAAUACUGCAGGUGGUGGUGGAAGUCAUCACGUCUGCCAAAGGACUCUUCUUUCUGCUCAACAGGUAUCAUCUUACACAGCUAAGUGCACACGUCACCACCAAGGACAUUUUCAACUACUGCAAAGAGUUAGGAGAAAUCGUCCACAAGGAUAACACUGUUUAUGAAAAGGAGAAGGACAUCAUCACUAUAUGUUGUCACAUAGUGGCAGAGUGCGAUCAGAUCCUGAACUCCAGCACCGAGGUGCUUCUUAACCACACGGCUCAGCUGGAGAGUGUGGACCUCGUACCUGCAGCGCCUGGUGAUCAGCUGGGCAUAGAGAUCGCCUCAACUGGCUCCAGUAACCACUACGUGACCGGAACUGCUGCUGAGCUCUCUGAUGAUGUCUUUGUGAAAAUCCUGGCCGGUGAUGAGGUGAUUAAGGUCAACGACCAGAUUGUGGUUGGUUGGAGCAAAGAAAAUUUGGUGAAGAAGCUCAAAGAGAAUCCCAAUGGAGUAACUCUGGUCCUGAAGAAAAUUCCAGGCUUAGCGUGCCACAAAAACCCAGUGGUGAAGGUAUCACUAACACAGAAAGAGGAGGACGAGAGGUCACAAAAGGAGGAAAAAGAGGAGAAGGAGGAGGAGGAGAAUCCACGACACUCUAUAUUUGAGAGAGUGGCAGCUUCUGUCAGGUCCCUGUCGUUUAGAAAAGCCAUUCACGAACUUGCGCAGCAGCAGCAGCAGCAGCAGCCUAUGGGACAGGAGGAAUCAGAGUUGUCCUUUGACAAAAAACUAGAGGUGAAUCAGGGCCAACCCGGACAGUUUUCACCACUCUCAGCCUCAGAAGAGUUUGAGAGUUUGGACAACUCCAGAAUCUCUCCUAAAUCGAGGAGAGACCAGUCAUCGUCACGCAGAAGUCCUUCUCCUCUUCAUCUGGAGUCUUUUAGAAGUCCUUCUCCUCUUCAUCUGGAGUCUUGUAGAAGUCCUUCACCUCAAGGCUUCAGUCAGGACAGGACAAGUGUCAGCUCCUGUCCUGAGAUGGUUGGACACCCGGGGAAUAAAGAGCCUAAGAAAAGCUCUACUAAAGGAAUGUCCACAGCUAUGAGCAGACGUCGAGUGUCCUGCAAGGAGCUGGGUCGACCUGACUGUGACGGCUGGCUGUGGAAGAAGAGGAAGGACAGCAGUGUCUUCAUCGCUCAGAAGUGGCAGCGAUUCUGGUUUGUCCUAAAGGGACCGUCGCUCUACUGGUACACCAGCCAACAGGAUGAAAAAGCAGAAGGUUUUAUCAACAUAUCCAGCUAUAACAUAGAGAGCGCUGGCGAACACAAGAGGAAAUAUGUUUUCAAAAUGUGCCACCAGAGGUUCCAGAACUUCUUCUUUGCUGCGGACAAUGUCACUGAGAUGAGCAAGUGGAUCAACUGUUUGAUCACAGCCAUACAAAAACACAAGAAGCUCAGCAGAGGCCCCGACAGUGAGGAGGAGUGUUACAGUGAGACAGAAUCAGAGAGUGAGAGCUCGCCUUCACCUCGCAGGAGGAACAAGAAAGUGCAGUCAAACACUCUGCCACGCCCCAAGUCCAAGCCAAGCAGGGCGCCUUUAUCAAAUGUAACAACAGGGGGCAGCAAAGGAGCAGAAGCCAGCACAGAAGACGAGAUGGGAAAGAUGUUGAACAACAUAAAGGAAGGAGGAGUGUCUCUGAUCGGCAAUGAGCAGCCUUUCACCCACGACCACUUCAGGAGGUCCUUCAUCCGACGCAACAAGAACCCCGUCAUUAAUGAGAAGGCUCACACUCUGAGGGUCCUCCAGAGUACGCUGAAGGCCAAGGAAGCAGAGCUGCUUCAGAUCGAUAAGAUCCUGGAGGAUUCGGAGCUCACAGCUACGAAGUACCGCAUGUGGAAAGAACAAAAUGAGGAACUAGUUCAUGAAAUAGAGAAACUGACUGCACUGAAGGCCUCCAAGGGAGAGGAGGAGGAAAAAGAGGAGCAGGAGGAGGAGGUGCAGGAUGUGCCUGCUGAAGAUGUUGCCUUGGAAACUGUUGCUAAGGAAACAGCCAGUUCAGGGACGGCGUAUGGACUGAACCUGAGUGAAGGAGAGCAGCUCGUAGACGCAGAGCUGUCUGACGUUCACCUGGACAUCCCACAGGGUUCUCUGCUCACACCAUCAAGUCCAAUGUUAGAACUGUGUGUGGGAUCACUGCAGGAGUCCAUAAACCAGCAGCUGAGUGAGAUGAUGGAGAGUGGGGAACCUGCAGAGAACUACUUCUACAUUUAAAAAGAACAUUGGCGAAGUUUUAUUGAGGGACAAAUGGAUGUUAUUUGAACCAUAGACUGGAUAUAAGAAAUGGACGUAGUCAUCAGGAAACAAACAAUGGCUACAAAUGUGACGUUUUGUACCAAAAGUAUAGCACUGGUAUUAGAACAAAUUUCCAUAUUAAUUAAUUUUAAAUAAAUUUCCACCACUUUUUCCUUAACUUCCAUAUGUUUUGGGGAGUUUUCACAUUUAAAUAUCUUUAAGAAAAAGUUUGGACAUCUUCUAAAUUU